UUCAGGAAAAAAAAAUUCUAUGACAAGGUCACGUGGUCUGAGAUCAAAAGAAAGAGAGAGAGCGCGAGCGAGCAGGGGAAAAAAUGUUCUGCGCGAGCGGCAGAAGAAGGGACGAAGGGAAGAAGGGACGCGGAGGGAGAGGAAGAAGGCAAGGCGAUGCGACGCAGCGAGUCUGGAAGUCGUGCAGAUGAAAGAGUGGAGCUUCUGAAAUCAGAUACAGAAACACAGAAAAGUCUCGACUGCGGUUCGCUUUGAUUUUUUUCUUUGAAACAUUUUUGCCGGGAAUCUAAAAUUCCUGCACUUUUAUUUUAUUACAGUUCAAAGAGAAAAACAAGAAUUAAGAAAAUGAUGUGUUGCUUUGCACCGAACCAGCCGGCGAGAUGAUGAUGAUGGUCAUGAUCAUGAUGAUGAUGGUGGUAAUGGUCAUGAUGAUGAUGGUGGUGGUAGUGGUUUUCCCCACGAGAAGAAGAAGAAGAAGCAGCAAGGACCAGGUGUUCACUGUGCUGGAGCUUUUUCUUUGCUCCUUCCUCACCGUUUCGGCCAAAGACACGGCCUUCGUGGAGGUGGUGCUGUUCGAGUCGAGCCCGAGCGGGGAUUACACCACCUACACCACCGGGCUUCAGGGCCGCUUCUCCCGGGCCGGAGCCACCAUCAGCGCCGAGGGGGAGAUCGUGCAAAUGCAUCCUCUGGGUCUGUGUAAUAAUAACGAUGAGGAGGACCUGUAUGAGUAUGGCUGGGUGGGCGUGGUCAAGCUGGAGCAGCCGGAGCUCGACCCCAGCUGCCUCACCGUCCUCGGCAAGGCGAAGAGGGCGGUGCAGAGAGGAGCUACAGCCGUGAUCUUCGACGUGUCGGAAAAUCCAGACGCCAUUGACCAGCUGAACCAGCUCUCCGAGGACCCCCUGAAGAGGCCGGUGGUCUAUGUUAAAGGAGCUGAUGCUGUUAAACUGAUGAACAUCGUAAAUAAACAGAAAGUGGCACGAGCCCGAAUCCAGCAUCGCCCUCCGAGGCCCACCGAGUACUUCGACAUGGGGAUUUUCCUGGCGUUCUUUGUGGUGGUGUCUCUGGUGUGCCUCAUCCUCCUCAUCAAAAUCAAACUGAAGCAGAGACGCAGCCAGAGCUCUAUGAACAGGAUGGCCAUUCAGGCUCUGGAGAAAAUGGAGACCCGGAAGUUUAAGGCAAAGGUUAAAGGUCAGCGCGAGAGCAGCUGCGCUGCGUUGGAUUCUCUGAGUAGCAGCUCAACGUCAGACUGCGCCAUCUGUCUUGAGAAAUACAUGGACGGAGAGGAACUGAGGGUGAUCCCUUGUGCGCAUCGUUUCCAUAAGAAGUGUGUGGAUCCUUGGCUAUUGCAGCAUCACACUUGUCCACACUGCAGGCAUAAUAUCAUUGAGCAAAAGAAAGGAAACCCUGGACCCGUUUGCAUGGAACCAGGGAACCUGGGUCUCCACAGUCGACAGCCAAGGGUAGUUCUUCCUGUUCAUUACCCAGGGAGAGUGCACCGAGCCGGGCAAGUGACUGCGUUUCCAACUCGGACUACCAUUGAUCCUCAUGGGAACCCCAUUACUGUGUUAACAGUGGACCAACAUCCAGAUCAGAACCUUUACCCUGCGCAGUCUAAUUUUAUUCGGAGUUACCACGGGAUGAACCCUCACCACUGCACCUUAGAGCAUCGAGCACUUCCUUACCCCCAACCACAUGCGUUCAAGCGCCCCAAAUUUACUCGCAACUUCUCUCGUGCUGCUUGUUUCUCGCAGUAUGAGACCAUGUAUCAACACUACUACUUCCAAGGCUUGACAUUUCCCCAGCAGGAAGCUCAGCCCCUUAGUGCACCCCACAAGGGCCACACUCGGUCCUUCCAACCUGGACUUCUGUACCCUACUUUGGUGCACAUGGCGGCACCUUCCUCUUCACGACUAGUGGACUCCGGAAGUGCUUCAGGGCUCGGAUGUUAUCAUGGACAUCCUGGACGAUCUGUAUGUAGUGGUUAUCUCGCGGAUUGUCCUGGCAGUGAUAGCAGCAGCAGUAGCAGCAGUUCAGGACGAUGCCAUUGCUCUUCCAGCGAUUCAAUGUUGGACUGCACGGAAGUGAGCAACCAGGGCGUUUAUGGAAGCUGCUCUACUUUUCGAAGUUCUCUGAGCAGCGACUACGAUCCGUACGUCUAUCGGAGCAAAAGUCCCUGCCGUGGAGCGGCUGGAGAAUCAGGUUCAGGAUUCCCAGUGACUUCAUCCGUUAACGACGAGGUAUUGGCUCCUGUUUCAGGGGGUCCAGACUGCAUUCUGCCUCCUGUUGGACCCUGCUACAAUUCGGGGGACCAGCUAUCGAAUUGUAGCAUUGAGCCGAACUGUAGUAGCCACUCAUCACUGGAAACCAGGGAAAUCACUAGCACUACCUCUCCCACAGCUUUAGAGGGACCUGUGGAGCAUUGCGGGGAACAAGGGGCAGCAUGCAGCUGCUGCUUUGAGGUUCCUCCUCUCAAUGUGGAGCACAAAGGUCAGGAAGGAGCAGACGGGUUAGGACACUGCCGGCGAGGCGUCGAGCCUCAAAACGUGUCCGUUGCUUCCGCACAGACAUUUUACGCUGCUAGCAACGAACUGAUGUCACCUGCUGAGCAUGUCAGCUACGAAGGACUGCCUUGCUGCUUUUACACGGAAAUGAAAAUCCACAGAGGAAGCGUCGGACGUUACGCUGAGGAUUAUUCGGUAAACGUACACUAUGCCCAAACGGACAGCGACGGCGGCUGCUCAGGGCAAGGAUGCUGCGAACUCGCUCAGCGGAUUCCCAUAAUCCCCGAGGACACGGACUGCGAAUUGGGCCUCGUUGCCGAGCCUCAGACAAACCUUCUGACCGGACAGAGUAGGACUUCCUUAGACACUAAUCAAGGGUUUUUCACCUCAGGACAAUGCAGAGGUCAAACAUAUCAACAGCAACAGAACAAGGAAGCACGAGCGCUGUUUUCGUCUCAGUUUAAAAUAAGCAAAUCUACAACCGAGGGCUCCGGCUUGUAAGGAGGGGGCAUGAGGGAGGACUAGAGCGGUCUCACGCUGACAAAGUUGAUGAGAAUUUGCACGUAUUACAAAUUGAGAAUGGAUUACUUUUGAGAUGGGAUGGAGUUUUAUGGUAGAUACGACAGUGUUUUAGUGCCAUGUUUAAAAAAUCUAUAUGUAUAUAAAACGUGAAUAAAAUCGUAGCAGUACGAGAUUAAAGUAGCAAUAAUUUGAGAAAAAUCACAGAAUUUCGAGAAACGUUUUGCUGUUUUGAAUAGAAUGGGUGUGGAGGAGUUGGUUAAAUUCUACUUUAGGAUGGGAUUUAGCAGUAAAAUUCUUUCUUUUGGCGCAUCAGCACAGAUUUAUAAUUAAUAAACCGACAAGCGGCUCUGUAGGAAACAUCAUUUAUUCAGAAGAAAGAAAUCGGACAGCCAUUGAGGAAAUUGCCUCUUUUUUUUGCAGUCUAUAAUGGUGACCAGUGGUGGACUCCAAAGAUGAUGGAUGAUGGUUAUGAGGAGGAUGAUGAUCAAAGAAAUUGACCCCGAAGAAGUUGAACAACGCGUUGUGACAUAGAUUGACACAUGAUACGAUUUUAUUCUCGUAAGCGUAGAUUUUUAUAACGUGGCACUAAAACGCAGUUGUACAUCGAAGUGUUUCCUCCAUUAAAUUUCAUCUCGCAAAGUCAUGAAGUGUACUUCUGAAAUGGAAAUGAUUUUUCUAUUUUUCGGUUUUGAAAGUGUCUCUUUUUGUUAGUUUUUUCAUUCGCUCUUCAUUCCUGUGGCUUUCAGAAUCCUUGCCACUUUGACUAACAGCCUAAAAAAGAAAACACACACCACAUGCGACAUGAGGGGUUUUAAUUCCAAACCACGACCGUGUUUCGAAAUUUUGAGGUACAUUCAGAUUACAAGUACGUCGCAUUUUAGAACCGUCUUUCCAUAAUUAUGGAUAAAAAUCAAACCAAAACCGAACAUUUCAGAGGGACCUGGGUGCAGACUGUCUACCACGUCCUCCCAUCUCACCUUGUCCUCUCCUUUUAUCUCUCUCUCUCUCUCUCUCUCUCUCUCUCUCUCUCUCUCUCUCAGGGUCACUGCCUCAUUAGUAUAGAAACAGACCAAGAUAUUAAUACUCUUAUUUGAAAAUUAUCUAUAAACAGGAGACUACUGAGCCGUCUGUACUACACACCAAAGCUUAGCUAGUCUCCUUCUAGCAGUUCAACAGUUUCUAGAUCAAGAAAAAAUAAAAAACACCCCUUACAGUUAGACAGAAAAGGCCAAAGUAUAACGGUUUAAGACACAAAUGCAGUUUUCUGUGAGUUUUUAUUUUUUAUAAAAACCUUAAAUUUAUUAUAAAAUGACAUCACGAUCUCGGCCACACACCUCCAGGCCUUUUUUUUUUUUUUUUAUAAACAGAAUAUAUGCUUAAUUGUUUCUAUGAAAUGUACCCAUACGGCUUUCACAGGCGGUCGUGCUGUAACACACACACACACACACACACACACACACACACACACAGUGUAAUCUUGCCUUCGGUAGAUUUCUGUACUGCAAAUGAAUAUAGCAUUUUUUUGGGGUACUUGAGUCACUAUUUAAUUUUGUAUUGUCUGUAGCACUUAAGAAGAUUGUAUAAAAGGACAUAUGUACAAAUAUUAAUAUUUUGUAAAUAUUUUUUUUUUCAAAGAUAUAAUUAUUUUCUCCAUCAUUUUCAUUCUGCAGACGUUAAGCAGGCUCGAGCAGACGCCGUGUAUAUUUCUCUAUCUGUAUAGCAGCACAUUUCAUAAAUGGAAAUAUGUUCUCUGAAUAUUUAUUGACUAAUAUAUUUAUCUGGAAGCCAUGUCUUAUGUUCAGAGUAUCUGAAGAAGUUUUGUUUUUGUUUGCUUUGGAGAUCACUAAUAUGAAAACGUUGUAUAUACAUGGUAAUUAAUUGCACACAAGAUGAUUAAAUAUCCUAUGACCAAAAACUGCUUUUACGAUUUUUAGUACUUUAGUUUUGUUUUUGUAACAAAGUGUACAAAGAUUUGGAAAAAAAAUUAUAUGGUUUUAUUCAA